GCGCGACGAUGAAACAUCAUUGCUCCAUCAAAGGCUCCAGAAUCGAGAACCGACUUCGCAAACUUCACUUGGACCCGGUUGCUGGUCAAGGCCCUUCCGCUCGUGCCAUUGGUGCAAUACCAAGCUCUUGCGCCGAACCCUUCUCUACUUAUCUAUGGAUUCAACGAAACCUACAAGAAUGGCCAGAUUCAACGACCUGAGUGUGGAUCUGGUCUAUGUAAUCUUCUCUCAUCUGGAGUCGCAAGGGACCGAUUUGUGCAAUCUCGCCUUGACUUGUCAGCUAUUUCGUGACAUCGCUCAGCGCUUUAUCGUCCGGAACGCUUCUAUAUCCCACAGCGUCCGUGGCUCGCGCACCAAAAUGUUUCUGAGAACGUUGCUCGACCGACCAGACCUCGUUGUUCAUGUGCAUCGGCUGGAACUCAACCUUCUCCGAGAAGACAUCCACUGGCCAGAAGAGCAACAAGCCAUCAAUCAAAUCACGCGCCAGCUCACGAAUCUGCGAGAGUUCUGCUACCUUUCACGCGACUACAAAGCGUGGCACUACAGUGUACCGUUGCCGCUGAAAUGGAUACGAGAACACGCGCACGAUCAGAUCCGAAGGGUGGAGUGGCAACACAAUAUGGCGCCUCACGAACUGCGCAAAUGCAUGGAGCUUCCUAGCAUUGAUUUCAUUCGCGUGCGGGAGCUUCAAGACGACUCUUCAGGGCGCUUCUCAUCGUUCAAACUUCCGGCUCGCAAGCAUCGCACGUCGUCCCUCAAGGAGCUUCGCGUUGGCUCACCAGGCACAAUGGCUUAUGAAGCUCUCAUACUACUGCUUCAGAUGCCGAAGUGCCUAAAGAGGUUCACGCUCGAGUCUUACGACACUUAUACUUCGACAAUGGAGCCGACGGCCUUGAUACCGCUGCUUGAGGCGGUCCAGGACUCUCUGGAAGAGCUGCACGUAGAAACUCGUCGCAACAUGCUUUCACCAUUCCCACGAACAGCGAACUUCUCGAAGUUCUCCUCGGUCAAGAAGAUGUCUAUGCCCUUCCGAUACAUGUUCCAGCGAGGAGCUGCGGCAUCAGAGAUUGGUGCUGAGACCUUCCUUCCGCCCCAACUCAGCGAUCUCACGAUCUCGUUCGUCUCCACAAGAUCAGCAAAGCUCAGAAGGUUCUAUUCUGAUAGCAGCGCGGCCCUCAACGGGUUCAUUGAGGACCUAAACGGGCGGGAGGGAGUGUCUUCAGGGUUGCCACAGUUGACUCACAUCACAUUGCAAGAGCACGAUUCGCAUCUGAGUUUCCAUCCUGAUUUCGACCAUGAAGUGCUUCAGACUAUGAUGGAAUCUUGGGACUUGUCCAGACUCAAUGUGGAGUACCGCCACUGAGGCAGCAUGCAUUUCUUGUUGUUUGAGCUCUAUAGGUCAGGCAUC